AUGUCGGACUUGGACGACCUCAAGAACACUGGCGGCAACGUCGACUCCUCCAUCCACGCCCAACCCCUCGACCGGGAACCAGAUCUAGAUACGGCCGCCUCGGUCGCCGGAGACUCAGUUGCUGGGACUGUUUCCGCCCCCGCCAACCCUCGCAAGAGGAAGAAGAGCUCUCGAGCCUGCGACUUCUGUCAUGUGAACCACCAGCCCUGCGAUAAUGCCAAGCCACGUUGUGGCUAUUGUGAGAGGCACAACAAGUCUUGUCUCUACUUGAGACCCCAGAAGAAACGAGGUCCCGCCCAGGGCUAUCGCAGUGCCCUGCAUACCCUGCGUGAGAGUGCAGCUGCGUGGGGCGCUGCUCUCAAUCUUAUCCCCAGUCUGGGUCCCGUCGUCGAGGGCUAUCUGCGGCAGCCAGAGGGGAGGAGACUCGUCAAGGCCAUCAAGGACCCGGCCCAACAGGAGUUUUUUAUACAGGCCUGGCAGCAGAGCGGCGUAUUCAAGACUUUUUUCCCCGAUGAGACACAAGCAGCCGACAAGUCGAGUGCCUCCCCCUCUAUGUCGAUACAACAACAGCCUUUCGGCCCAGAGUCUGAGCCUCUCGCCCCCGCACAGAAUACCGUUAUAUCGCCUCCCCAACCGCCUGCUUUGCCACAACUCGCCCAGCCUCCGCAUUCCGAUGGCCUGUCUAUGCCCAAGCCCGACGGCCCUGCCUUUGGAUAUGUGCCGACCCCGUCGCCCUCCUCGCACGACGGCGGUGGUAGGCCCAGACAGUCCAGCAUGUCCGCCCGAAACAAGCCCAGACAAGAGUCCAUCUCAUUCUCUGAUAUUUUGGCUAAAGAUGCAGCCAGAUCGUCUCUUGGUAUCUCUCAAACCCUCGGCUCUUUGGGCUUCGCACCGAAUGAAACACUAGAGGACUUCCUCGACAUGAGUUUCAACCCAGAACCAAUAGAACAGCCUCCCGUGCAACAAGAUCCCAUACUUGGGAGCGAACAGGACCAGCAGGCCUACUACGAGCUGCUUAUGGGCAGACGCUUCGGCUGA